AUGGCCAAAGCCGUAGCCGACACGGCCUCGCCGGCUGAGAACGCAGCGGGCUUCGUCUCCGACGCCAACCCCAUCACGGGCUUCUCGCACAUGCACGACUCCGGGACGGGCGGCAUGCCGUCGCUCGGCAAUUUCCCCCUGUUUGUUCACCCGGGUUGUCCCAGCGACGACUUCCGCCGGUGCGCCUACUCGACCAUGCACCGGCCCACGGACCGCGUCCCGGGUUCCGUGUCUGCCGCGCCGGGGUAUUUCACCGUCAACCUGACUAAUACCGUGCAAGCCGAGAUGACGACCACGCAGCACGCGGUACUGUACAGGUUUGGGUUUUCCGGUGAGGAAUCGGUGGAUGUGUUCACCACGAAGAAAGAGGAGCCGCAGCGCGGGGUGCCGUACUCGCCUCUUGUCGUGGUGGAUUUGGUCGAUCUGAUGGGCAGUUGGAGCACCGGCGGCGUGCAGGUGGAUCAUGAAACGGGGAGGGUGGUCGCUGAGGGGCGGUAUGGGCCGUCGUUUGGGUCGGGCAUGUGCAAGUACCAGGCUUUCUUCUGCGCCGAUUUCAGGGGCGCGCGGAUACGCCGGACGGGCACGUUCAAGGGGAACGAGGCGGUCGAGGAGCCCAAGUUUCUGGAUGGUAUGAGCCCUGGGUACUAUAUCCCGAGUGGAUCGGCUGGCGCGUGGAUUCAGUUUGAGAGGCCCCCGAAGCACUCGCUGCUGGCGAGGGUUGGGGUGUCGUUUAUGUCGAUCGAUCAAGCGUGCGAGAAUGCUGAGAGGGAGAUACCGGAUUGGCAUUUUGAGAGGGUCGAGAGUGAUGCGAGGAGGGCCUGGCGGGAGAAGUUGGGGGUGAUCGAGGUCGAUUCGACGGGGGUGAGCGAGGAGCUGCAGACGACUUUCUGGUCGGGGCUGUAUCGCACGCUGCUUUCUCCUCAGAACUAUACGGGGGAAAAUCCGUUGUGGAACUCGACGGAGCCGUAUUACGACUCGUUCUACUGCAUCUGGGACUCCUUCCGCGCUCAGCAUCCGUUGUUGACCAUCAUCGACCCGGUUGCGCAGACGGAGAUGGUGCGUGCUCUAAUCGACAUCUACAGGCAUGAAGGAAAACUACCCGAUUGUCGGAUGAGCUUUUGCAAAGGUUUCACGCAGGGUGGCUCCAACGCAGACGUCGUGCUUGUAGACGCCUUUAUUAAGAAUCUGACGCAAGGCAUUGACUGGGACACCGCGUACGAGGCGGUAAUCUCAGACGCAGAAGUCGAACCACCCAACUGGGGCCUCGAGGGGCGCGGCAACCUCGUAAGCUGGCACACCGUGGGCUACAUCCCGUGGGACGACAAAGACAAGAAUGGCACCGGCCCAGCCAGCCGCACCGUUAGCAGAGGUGUUGAGUACGCCUACGAUGACUUCUGCAUCUCCCUCCUCGCUGAGAGGCUGGGCCACACGGAGGACGCAGCCAAGUACCGCCAGCGUGCCGACAACUGGCGCAACUACUGGAACCCGGACCAAUUUGACGCCUUCAAAGACCAGAGCGGCGCCAUGACUCAAACCCAUUUCAAAGGCUUUCUGCAGCCGCGACGCCUCAACGGCUCCUUCCACUACCAAACCCCGCGCACCUGCUCCCCCGUGCAUGACAUGCACUCGUGCUACUACGACACGAGCCUCGACACGUACGAGGGCAGCCCCUGGCUGUACAGCUUCUACGCGCCGCAGGACAUGGCCACGCUGAUCUCGCUCAUGGGCGGGCCCGAGGCCUUCGUCCAGCGCCUUACUUUCUUCCACACGAGCGGCAUAUCCUACAUGGGCAACGAGCAAGGCUUCCUCCCCGUCUUCCAGUUCCACUACGCGGGGCGUCCCGGCCUGAGCAGCUUCUUCACGCACGAGUACAUCCCGAGCCUCUUCAACGCCAGCGUCAACGGGAUACCAGGCAACGACGACUGCGCCAUGGGCGCGUUCAGCGCGUUCGCCAUGAUGGGGUUCUUCCCUGUGGCGGGUCAGGAUGUGUACCUGCUCACGGCGCCUUUCUUUCCCGAGGUGAGGAUCAGGGCAAAGGAGAAGGGGAAGUGGGCUGUUAUCAAGGUUAGGGGGUUUGAUUCGGAGAGGAGGAGGAAGUAUAUACGGCGGUCGAAGCUUAAUGGGAGGGAGUAUCACAAAAAUUGGAUCACUCAUGAGUUUUUUUUGAAGGGGGGUGUUUUGGAGCUGUGGGUUGGGGAGGAGGAGGGGCCGAAAUGGGGGAGGGCGAAGGAAGAUUUGCCGCCGAGUUAUCCUGUUGAGUGGCAUGGUGAGGGUGUAGGGGGUAGUUCGGAUGAUGCGUAUCAGAAUUAA